ACCACCCGCAUUCCUCCGUAAUGUCACGUGGUAAAAUAUUCUUCUUUCGCAUUAACCGACUUUUCUGAGAAAAAGCAUUUGCUUUCAGCAGUUUCGGAUCUUUCCGUGACAUUGCACGGAAAAAUACUGUCUUCAUAAGAUUUAAUCUAGACAGUACUGGACAAUGUAAGGAUGUAACAUGCCUUUCAAUACGGAUUUCUCUCUAAGUGUUUUGGUGGGGAACACCGUUCUACCGGAGUACUUCCAUAACGGAGUGAAUUACGUGGAGUGUGACCUGUGCUCCCCCGUUAGCUUUAAACAGAGGACAGAGGAGAGGGUGGGAGAUGAGAUCGAGAUCCAGGACCAACCAGUGACACCAUUUUCCGUUUGUAUCUCGGUCAAGCCUAGUCCUAGUUCCCACGAACAUCACUACUACCGCCUGUUAAUCGAUGGCCAGAAAGUGACGUCAAGGAGUAUCGAACAAGGGAGGAACAAGAUUAUCAAGGGAUUCCGUGAUGGGAUAUCCUUGAGAGAGUUUUUGUUUUCAAUGCCGAGUCUGAAACAAACUCAGUCCCGGACUGGAACAUCAGAUCGUGUGGGGUGGAUCGAUGUGGAGUGUUGGAAUGCCAGGUUGAAGAAGACAAAGCGAGCAGUUAGAACUCGGCAUCUGAACUUCACAUCAGGCUCCAAAAGUGAAAGUUUAAGGGUCACACAGGGAAAAUAUAUGAUGGCUACCACAAAAGCUGGUCGUGUCCUGGAGCUGAAGAAUGCUUAUCGAUCAACAGACUACUGGGAUCUGAUCUCACUUCGCAGUAAACUCUCAAUAAAGUAUGUCGCUGCUCAAGAUCUAAGGGAUAUGGGCGUGACUGUGAUCCCCAUUCCUUACCCAGUCUCCACUAACUCCAUGCGAGGGAGAGUCCUCAAACAGGAUCUUGAUUUAUCUCAAGGAUUAGCAGGAACAUGUUAUGACCCCCAGAGAACUGACAGACCAGGCAACAGCAGGAAUAUGAUUGCUGAUCCGAACAGUGUUGUCAUUCUCGAUAAAAGCCCUGAUCCGGGGAAUCUGGACGAUUUGAAAGUAGAAGUAGAGGUCAAAUCACAGAGCAUUGAGACUUCGUCGGAGACUAUGAAUGUGAAGAAGGAGGUGACAUCUUUGGGGACCAGUUUAGUGAUUGAUUUGUGUGACCUGGAUGAGGAAACAGACGUGGCAGAUUACAAUGUUAUUGAAUUGGAUUAGUGAUGUUAUUCAAUUGAACUAGAAAUUCAAAAUCAUGUAUAUUGAUGAAAAUUUCCAGUCUUGAAAGGGUGGAGGUUUGGGGCAAAAUUGUUUAAGCAUGGGGGCAUGUACUUUUAGUGAUUAGAAUACUGGAUGUGUAUGAUUAAGGGGGCUGGGACCUAGGAAUAUAGAAAUAUCAAGGAAUAUGGGAGAAAGGAAAGACAAAACUGGCAGAGUACAUGAUUGUCACCUCCGAUGUACAUGAAUGUAGAACCAACAGAAAGGAUCACUCUGGAUUUAAUGUGGAGUCUCUGGUAGAGCUACUCGAUCACACAAAUGGUUAGAAUUUUCCCACAAGACAGAUUUAAAUGGGUUAAGGUCCUGCCAGGCAAUGCAUGUCUGUUGACUUCAAUUUAAUGCUUUGAAGAGGAAGGUUAUCAAGAAAAAUUAGAAGAGAAGAAUACAUGUGGUUAUCUUAAUUCUGGCAUUUCUUAGAAGACUACAAAUUAUGAUUUGACAUGAAAACAUUUGGGAAUUUAAUGAAGGAAUAAAUGUCUUGUUUGUUUGUAUAAUGGAAGCAUUGAGUAACAUGAAUCGUCCACAGAGGUAUAAUCGACAAAGUUAUAAAUAAUUGAUAAAGGUAUGAUCCACAAAGUGUACAGAAACACCUUAAUGAUAUAAACAAACUAGAUUUUUAUUCCUUAUAUUUGUAUUUGUGGCAUGACUUGUCACAGUUCUUAUAUUUGUAUUUGUAACAUGACUUGUCACAGUUCUUAUAUUUGUAUUUGUAACAUGACUUGUCACAGUUCUUAUAUUUGUAUUUGUAACAUGACUUGUCACAGUUCUUAUAUUUGUAUUUGCAACAUAAAUGUUUUCAAACCUUUUCACCAAUGUUUUAUAUAAACUGUGAAUAUGUUUAAAAACCUGAACUGUAAUAAAAUAAAAUAAACAACAGUCUUCUUUACAAAUAAAA